AGAUAUUGUGAUGGUUUGAAUACUAAAGUGUCAAACCAUCAUAAAUGGUGGACCUGAAUUCUAGAUGACCGGAUACACCCCUUCAAACUACCGAGAGAAGCUGCGCAGGCCUGAGCCAAGGUCCCUCCUGGCCAGUUUGCUUCAUCAAGCUCCAGUAUCACAGUCACCAUCUACGCCGAUCCUUGUGUCACCCACUACAACAUCAUCAAUCUCUUCAACAACAGCAGCCUCCUCAUCUACAUCUCCAUCUACAUCAACAUCCUCAUCAAGACCCUCCAUCCGCCAGAUGUCAACACCCAUGCCGCACAUCAAACUGCCACAGUUCUCAGGAACUGAGAAUGCCCAAACGUGGUGGGAUGACUUUGUUAAUUUUUCAAAUUUCUUCUCUUAUAAUGAUGUGAAGAAAUGUCAACUCAUACCAUUUUAUCUAGAGGGUGCAGCCAAGCUGUGGUAUCAAAAUCUCCCUGAGGGUGACAGACUAGAUAUAACUAAGGUGAAAGAAGCCUUCACCAAAAGAUUUAUGAAAUCAUCAGCCUUUGAUGUCAGUCUAUUACAGUUGGCCCAGGAACAGGAGGAAUCCAUCUACACCUUCAUCACCCGGGUCGAGACAGCAACCAUCCACCUGAAGCUGCCGGCAUCUGUCAUUGUGGCCAUAGCUGUAAAUGGCCUUCGAUCCAACAUUCGUCAGUGGGUAUACAACAAAGAGCCCACCAAUCUACAGGAGGUCCGUCACCAGGCAGAGCUGGCCCAGAAAUCCCUGGCAAGCGUGCAGUCAUCAGAGGUUAACAUGAUGGCAAAAGUUGACCACCUCUCCAGUCUGGUUGCCACCCUUAUCUCGAAGACUGAGGCCCCAGCAGUCCAGGCUGCCUCUCCAGCUCCCCAGGCCUCAUAUCAACAGCAACAGCAACAGCAACAACCGAGAUAUCAGCCACAUGAGUCCUGUCAACGGCAACGACCACGGCUGUCUAAUCAACUACCACCUCCAUUCCACCAGGCCCAACAACAGCGCCGCUACAGCCAGUAUGAACAGCAUCAACAACGACCCCGCUUCACACCCCCUCCAUUCCUCCAGCAGAGAUGUCUUGGUUGUGGGUCUACCUGGAGUCUGAUGAUACUAUGGCUUCUGACAGUCUUCGCCCAUCCAGUUUUUUGUGCCAGUCCUGUACAACGUCUUAAUUAUGGAAUUGUGUACCAACCAACCUCAAAAGUUCACUUCGCUACAGAGUACUGGGUCCACACCUAUGAGGUUAAAAUCCCAGCAGUUCCAGGCAUCCCAACAAUGAGCGGCUGCCAUCAGGGCAAUAGUACAUGUGCUCUCCUCAAUCAAAUACAAAUGCAUUUGAAUGUUAUUAAAACGAAAUGUGUUUCACAACUAAAUGAAACGCGACAACAACUAAUGCAAUUAAUUCCUGAAUCAAAAACUCUUCAUCAACCCGUACAAAGCGUGCUGUUCUAAGUUUUGU